CCCUUAGAAGCCGAGAUUCUCUCUACUCUUGUUUCCUGUUUCCGUUGAGAGUUUUUUCUUCUAUUUUGUCAAUAGAGUUACAAUUAUAUUGGACUCCACGUUUUAGUUUUAAUUGUUAAUUUAAUUUAAACAUUUUGUGUUUUUUUUUCUAAUUACAAAUGGCUUCUUUGGCUCACCGGCCAUUAAUCAGUGUCUACACUGAACAGAACAAAAAAUCUGGAGUCAAUGUUAAAUUGCCAGCAGUUUUUCGAGCUCCAAUUAGAACUGAUAUUGUUAAUUUUGUCCACACCAAUCUUAGGAAGAAUAAUCGACAACCUCAUGGAGUUUCUAAAGAAGCAGGUCACCAAACUAGUGCUGAGUCAUGGGGUACUGGUCGAGCUGUUGCUAGGAUUCCACGUGUAAAAGGUGGUGGAACCCACAGAUCAGGUCAGGGUGCCUUUGGUAACAUGUGUAGAGGUGGUAGGAUGUUUGCUCCUCUUCGUGUAUGGCGACGAUGGCAUCGAAAAGUUCACCUUAAUCAAAAACGAUAUGCUGUUGUCUCAGCUAUCGCUGCAUCUGGUGUGCCAGCCAUUGUUAUGGCUAAAGGACAUCAAAUCCAAGAGGUUCCAGAAUUUCCUUUAGUUGUUUCGGAUAAGAUUCAAGAACUUUCUAAAACUAAGGAUGCAGUUAAAUUCUUGCGACGAGUAAGAGCAUGGAAUGACAUUGAAAGAGUUUACAAAUCUCGAUGUAUCCGAGCUGGUAAAGGUAAAAUGCGAAACAGGCGAAAGGUUCAACGUUUAGGACCAGUUAUCAUUUAUGGUAAAGACGCUGGAUGUACCAAGGCUUUCCGUAACAUCCCAGGAAUUGAAACAAUCAAUGUUGAAAAGUUGAAUCUUCUCCGAUUAGCUCCUGGUGGUCAUGUUGGUAGAUUCUGUAUCUGGACCGAAAGUGCUUUCCGUAAAUUGGAUGCCCUUUACGGAACCUGGACUAGAUCAUCUAAACUCAAGCGUGGUUACAAUCUCCCUCAACCCAAGAUGACCAACUCUGAUGUUACUCGUCUCAUGAGAAGUGAAGCAAUCCGUAAAGUCCUCAGACGCAGAAAGUCUCGAAUCUAUCGAGCUAAAGUUAAACGUAAUCCUCUUAAGAACAUUCGUGUCAUGGCUCGUCUCAAUCCUUAUGCUCCAGUCCUUAAAAAUAGAAUUCGUCUUGCUAACAACAAACAUCGGGAAGCUCGUCGUCUUCUUGUCAGAGCCGCUGCUGGUAAAAAGAUUUCUGCUGAAGAUAAGAAGAAGGCUCUUGCUGUUCUCAGAACAUACCACAGAACUUCGAAGGAUGCCCGUAAAUUGUACGAUUCACGUUACAAGGCACGAAAAGAACAACAACAAUCUAAAUUAGAAAGGAAACGCGCAGCAAUCAAAGGUACAGGGGAGGAAGCAACUAGAUUGAGGAAACAGAAAAAAGCAGAAUAGAUUCUAAAUUAAAAAGUCCCAACAACAACUGAAUGAAUCCAUUAACAAGAACAAUAAGAUCCCCGUUUUUGUGACAAAUUUUUUUGUGAGAAAAACAAAAAAUUGGUUUACAUGAAAAUAAAGUUGAAAAACCUUUAUUAUAAAUUGAUUCUAUA